ACAUAAGAAAACAUCAUUUCAUUUCAGGUGAAUAUCCAAUAUCUCCAUAUUUAUUCAUAUGGAACCACACAUGACAGACUGAGUUACAGUUUGAAUAAAGACUCUAUAAAAACAUUCUAAGGAUUUUAUACUGUAACACCAUUGCUAAGGGAAUUAAUUGGAUAAUUUGUCUUAAAUCCGUAACUGAAUUACGGAAAACAGUCACAUUUAUUCAUAUUUCUUAGGUAUUCCUUCGGGAUUUGAUAUAAGUCGUUCAAAAAGCAACCAUAAAUUCAAAGACAAAAGCAGUUGAGAAAAAAGGGCGUCUUCGGAUACACAGUUUCGAAGACACGUAUUCAAAGUCGCCUAUGUGAACGUGAAAUUCACGGUCAGAUUGCAAAAACGAAGCAUCUCUUGAGCGCGAUCGAAUGGCAACUCGAAUUUACAAAUCCCUAUUGAGUUAGUGUUGCAUUUCAUCAUGUAAGCAACUGCUGGAAAUAAAAUAUCGCGAUUUAACCUGCUAUGUAAGUUUGCUUUUUGUGGGUUAUAUCGGCGCAUUUGCUUUCUGAUGCAACCUUAUAACCCCUCACGCUUAGUUCAGACACGCGGAAAUAUCAGCUUUCUGUAAUCUUUUGGACAUGUGACUGCCGAGUUAUCUAACACACGGGAAUUCCCCUAGUUGUUACUAUCGUUACUGACUCUACUGCCGACAGGAAAUAAACUUCAGGAAACUGCUGCUGAGUAUGAACAGUGUACUUACCUGACAGGCACUUACCUUUCAAGACUUGAACAUCAUCACUGUGCAACAGCCUCCUUUUGCCUCUUCAAGGGAGACAAGGGAACACUGAGACACUUGAUUUAGGUUGACCGCUUUUCGGUAAAGCCUAUGAAAGUAAUUGUUUUCGUUCAGCUGAAUCUUUACACCAGAAGAUCGGAGGUGAGUGGCGUUAGGACGAGCUGACGGGUGUCAACCGGACGCAGAGAGCACAGUGAUCUGCAGCCCUGAAGCCAGGAUUGAACUGGAAGGAGCUUGUACAGUGAAGUAUGGUUGGGGCGGUGAUUAUUGAUCUUUUCCACGAUCAUUGUCUUCAGUAUAAAGACUGCAUAGAGAAGCGUCUCAAAAGGGCAUCAGUACUGAUCGGAACCCCAGGCCCCGAAAAAAAUAAACAUGUAUAUCUGCUGCCGAACCAAAAUAAACCAUCGUCUCCAGAUCACAGCUGUAAAACCUCCGUCGACGGAUUAUUGGAGAACUUCAGCAGCCUUGAGGAAGGUGCUCAGAUCGUCAGUCACCCAUGUCUGGCAGCCUCCUUGUACUCCGUUAAGCAAGCUAUAGAUGACCGUAACCUCAGUAGCAUUCUAAUAAUCACAUCCCUGCAGAGAAAAGCAGCAUGGCAAGCCUAUCUGGAUCUCCUGUUUACAGCAGCCUACGUCUUGGAAUACGACGUUGCAUGUGAUGAAUCUCAUUGUUCAGUCGGUGAUCCCAUUGCAACCUGUGGGCCUGAGACUCCCCUCACCGCCAGGCAGCUGAAACACGUCGGAGAUGAGGUCAGCGCCUUUCUCAGGCAGUUACCUGGCCUGAAAGGUGACAUUACCAUCCUGCGGUCUUCGCUGAUCUCAGGAGACUUUUUCCUACAUGGCUUCACCACAAGGACGGGUGGGAUUUCAUACAUAGACACCCUGAGCUCUCUUAACCUCUACUGCAAUCCUAGACGCAGAGAUCCCAAAGUGGUGGUCGCUGAAAACCUGCGUCGUCUAGCCUCUCAGGCCGGAUUUGAGCAGGAGAGGUUCCAUUUGUUAAAGGUGAAUCACGCCAAUGAUGUGUGGGUGAUGGGAAGGAGUGAGCCACCAAGCUAUGAUGGGAUCGUGACCAAUCAGGCAGGGGUGGUCAUUGCAGCCCCAGGAGCGGACUGUAUACCCCUGCUCUUCACCGACCCUGUUAAAAAGGCUAUAGGAGUGGCCCAUUCAGGGUGGAGAGGUACCCUAAUGGGCAUUGCAAUGGCUACAGUCAAUGCUAUGGUCUCUGAGUAUGGCAGUGAUGUCAGAAACAUUGUGGUCAUUGUUGGCCCUUCAGUCGGAUCUUGCUGUUUCACACUGGAUCAGGAAUCGGCUCAGGCGUUCCAAACUAUCCACCCGGACUGUGUCAAGGAUAGGAGCUCGGCUAGACCCUUUAUUGACAUCCGGUUAGCCACGAGGGUUCUUCUAGAGCGCGGUGGAGUCCUACCUCACAAUAUCCAAGACAACACUGUGUCCGAAAGCAGAGAGAACCUGACCCUGUGUACGUCUUGUCACCCCGACAAGUUUUUCUCUCACGUUCGCGAUGGAAACAACUUUGGGACGCAGAUUGGGUUUUUAUCGAUUAAGGAGUAACCAAGCCACUGCUUCGCUGGUAAGUGACACCAUAUGGACAGCAGAGGGAGCCAGAGUUGCUUGUAUGUUUUGUGGGGAACCUCAUGCAGUGUCUUUAUGGAAAUUUCCUUCAUCACAAAGACUUGGAAGGAAUGUGUGAAAGCCAUCAUACACAAGGACUAAAGGAAAUAUGUUAUUAUUCUUGUUUGUUAUUUUUUAGGUGUCAGAUCCUUCUCUCUGUUUUGUAUUUUAGACAAUAAGCUACCUCUUUUGUUUUUUGUUGGUUUGUCAAACCAUAGAGUCAGGGAUAAAAAAAUCUCCAGAUGAAUUCUGGUCACACAGAAAGAUGUGACAUAAAGACCCAUGUCCAGGGAGAAAAUAAGCAUGAAAUCAAAAACAAAUAACAUAUGCUACUUUGAAAAGAUAAUGUGAUACAGUUUUAACAUAUUAACCAAGAACAUAUUAGCCAAUCAACUGUUGUGAUUUUUUUAUCUAAAAAAGAGACACAGAUAGAUUGGGUAUACUAUGAAAUAUUUAAUUGUAGAACAAAUGGGGGAUUGUGUCAUACAUAGAGGUUAAUCUGAUUGAUUUUUAGCAAAAACUGAGUACAUUAUAUUCUUCCUUUCAUGCAUUGUUGGAUGGAUUUUAUGGUAAACUGUUUGGGAUAUCUCUUUAGAUUUUGAAAUUAAAUUGAUUUCUGCCAAACUGUU